AUGGCGCCCAGAGGACCACCAUACUUCCGGAGCCUUCUGCUGGCCGGGGCCUCAUGGCGGGCAGGCUGGUUGGGGUGUCACGAUCCUCCAGCUCAGAGACCUGGGACGAAACGUGUCCCUGUGUUUUUGUGCUGUGACCGUCCCCUCCCUCGGCCCAAUCUGACACGUGGAGGAGUGAUGGAGGUGGCUGUCUUAAUUAUUGAAAUGCAGUGCAAAAAUGAUACUGAAGCUCUAAUAAACACAGCAUACAAUAAAUUAAUUACAAGGAGGAUCAUUGCUAAGAGGGAAAUUAAAUGUAACCAGGAAGAAUACAAUUCAGGUGCUCGGUGUUGCAAGAAAUGUGAACGUGGUUUUGUUAGAAGUAUUGACUGCCCAACAGAUACCAGUAAACACUGUGUUCCAUGUGAAAACGGAAAGGAGUAUGUAGAUUAUGUCAAUGAAUUGGAAGAGUGUUUCAGAUGCUCUUCGUGUGACAUAACAUUUGGUUUGGAGGUCGCAAAGAACUGUACCCCAGGACAGAACACAGAAUGCACCUGUGCCAAGAGCCAUUUUUGCAAUUCUUCUGUACCAUGCACGCACUGUUAUCCGUGUACCAUAUGUGAAAGUGGCGUAAUUGAAAAACAAUGUACUUCAACUUCAGACACGGUGUGCGGAAUGAAAGGUACCAUUUCAAACCCCAGCAUGGAGAAUGUACCUCUCAUAUACACAGAUGUUGACCUGAGCAGCCAUAUUGCUGGUAUUGUGGAGGAGAUGACGCUCCAAGAAGUCAAGACAUUUGUUCGAAAUCGCAAAGUACCAGAACCUGUCAUAGAUCAAACUGUUCGGGAUUAUUUUAAUGAUACAUCUGAACAGAAGAUUAAGCUGUUUCAAGUCUGGUAUCAAAGACAUGGGAUAAAAGGAGCCUAUGGAACUUUAAUAUGCAGCCUGAGAGAGCUGAAAAUGUGCGCUGCAGCUGAUAAAAUUGAGGAGAAACUGAAGGCAGCUGUUUCCAGCUGUCAGGAAGGGGGACAAUCUUAUAGUGAUGACACUGAGCAAAGCAAAACCUGCCCUCAGGAAAGCAGAAACUCUUACAGUGAUAGUGCUGAGCUAAGUAAAACCUGUUCUGGUAGUUUGGAAGAGACAUAA